ACCAGCAAAAGAAAUAAGAAAGGAAAAAACAAUCAAGGUAAUAAGAGAUGGAAAUGACGAUGGUUAAGGAUGAACAGUGCCUAGGAAGGCGCCGAAUGUGCUCAGCAGAUGGUGAGGUUCAAGCAGUAAGGUGUGUCAAGAGAAGGCGAAGAGAUCCAGCUUCAGUUGCACUAGGCUGUGAUGACAACCAAGAUCAGCAACGACAGCAACAAAAUGAACAAACCAAUGGUGCUACCACUGUGAAAAGAAGUUCAAGGUUUCGUGGAGUCAGCAGGCAUAGAUGGACUGGCCGGUAUGAAGCCCACUUGUGGGAUAAGCUCUCCUGGAAUUUUACACAGAAGAAGAAAGGGAAACAAGUUUAUCUUGGAGCUUAUGAUGAUGAAGAAGCUGCUGCAAGAGCAUAUGAUUUAGCUGCACUUAAGUAUUGGGGGACAUCGACAUUCACCAAUUUUCCGAUAUCAGAUUAUGAAAAAGAGAUUGAAAUAAUGCAAACUGUCACAAAAGAAGAGUACUUGGCCUCAUUAAGAAGAAAGAGCAGUGGGUUUUCAAGAGGUGUAUCCAAGUACAGGGGAGUUGCAAGGCACCAUCACAAUGGAAGAUGGGAAGCAAGAAUAGGGAGAGUCUUUGGAAACAAAUAUCUCUAUCUUGGCACUUACAGCACCCAAGAGGAGGCUGCUCGUGCUUAUGACAUUGCAGCAAUUGAAUAUAGAGGGACAAAUGCUGUGACCAACUUUGAUUUGAGUACUUAUUUCAGAUGGUUAAAACCAGGGACAAAUAAUCUAGUUGCUGCUAAUGAAUCACUGGCAAUGACAGAACCUGAAUCAUUGCAAUUAACAAGUAGCUACAGUCCAAGAGAGGAAUCCAAGCCCUCAUUCCACCACUCUUUUGCAACAGAUUAUUUGAACUCUCCACAAAAGCAAGAAGUUCUUGAAACCAAACUCCCUUUCAACUCAUACAACAAGUCUUCUUCAUCACCAACUGCCCUAGGUCUGCUCCUUCGAUCUUCGAUAUUCCAAGAACUGGUAGAAAAGAAUGCAAAUGUGUCUGAAGAUGAAAGCAGUACUGAUACAGUUGAUGAAUCAAAGAACCAACAAGCAGGAAGUGAUGAUGAGUUUAGUGGGCUGUUUUAUGAUGAAACUUAUGACUUCCCAUUUAUUUGCUCUUCUGGUCAAGAUAACAUAGAAUUGCAAGAAAGAGCUUUCCCACUCAGUUUCUGAUCUACCAAAAGAAAAAAGGCCAAGAAUAUGUAGAUUGCAUGGUUUAGAAAGGUAGGUAAGCAUAGCUACUGCUUGCAUUGUGGAUGCUUGUAAAAUAUGCAAUGUUGUAAAUUAUACUCGUAAAAUCUACAAUUUCUUUUGAAAAAAUAUGAGUGUUGGUAGCUGUUGUUUGAGUUUGUGAAUUUGUAAUAUAUAGGAUUCAAAAAUGAGUGUAGCAUAGCUGCAUAGGUGGAAUAGGGAGAG